AUGAUAGAAAACCAAAAAGUAAAAGACAAGCAAGAACAAACAUUUGAAACUUCUGGUGAAAACAACACUCAAACAAAGGGAGAAGAAACACCUGCUGAUAAGGCUCUAUCUCAAAUGCAAUCCUAUGCUAAAUUUUUAAAGGAGAUUUUAUCUAAUAAAAGGAAGCUUGAUGACUAUGAAAUCGUAGCUCUCACUGAAGAGUGUAGUGCACUACGACAGAACAAACUACCCCUAAAAUUGAAUGAUUUUGGAAACUUUUCUGUUCAUUGUCUGAAAGGCAACAUGUCCAUUGACAAAGCCCUUUGUGAUUUGGAAGCAAGUGUCAGUCUUAUACCACUCUCCAUCUAUCAGAAGCUUAAUGUUGGAGAAUUAAAGCUAACUACUAUCUCCUUGCAACUAGCAGAUAGAAUUAUUAAAUAUCUCAUUGGAAUACUAGAGACCAUUCCAAUCAAGGUAGGUAAAAUUUUCAUACCUAUCGAUUUUGUUAUCCUGGAGAUGGAAGAAGAUGUUUCGAUUCUCAUAAUCUUGGGAAAACCUUUCUUAGAAACUGCCAGAGCCAUUAUAGAUGUCAAAAAUGGGUGA